UCUUAGGGAGAACCCUCUCAUUCGAGAUUGACCUAUUGCAAAAAAUACAACUGUUUUGGUCAUCCCAUAUAACCUAUCUUAACAGCAUGCCAGCACCGAAAAAGAUUGUCAAUCGAACUUGGCAUAGCCAGGGGCAUAUGAAAAUGAGAAAGGAUCUCGCUUCAAACAGUCAAGGCAAAAGUACAGUGAAGGAGUAGAUGUGGUCCACUGCUUUCCUCGCUACGGAGACAAAGGAUGCAAACAUUCGGAAGAACGAAACCCCUCUUAUGCAGAUUAAUGAGCGUAUGAAUACAAGUUCUCCCUCAAGCAAAGCAAAAGGAAUCACUUUAGGGGCCCCCAUGUCUCCAAACCAGCGUGGUAUGAGAGGUGGAGUUGGAAACAUGAUUACACAUCAAGAAUCGCGUAAGUUGGUAAUUAUACUUACUUUAGCCAUAGCUGGUUUGGCCAUACUUGCUAUAGCCAUAGCUGUUUCGCUGACUCGUUCACACCGCCACACUCGGACUGAAUUCAAUGUUAUGGACUAUGGAGCAGUUGGUGACGGCAAAGCAGAUGACUCCCAAGCAUUUUCAAAUACGUGGCAAGCUGCUUGUCACAGGCCACCGAGAUCUGCAGUGAUGAUUAUCCCCAAGGAGAAAACAUUUCUUGUUAAUCCCCCCGUAGAAUUCAAUGGCCCAUGCAAGUCCAGCAACAUCAGCGUUCAAGUUGCAGGGAAUAUACUGGCUCCGGACUCCCCUGAUGCAUGGCAAGGGUUAAAAAAACCAAGCUUGUGGUUGGCAUUCCGUCGUGUGUCCGGUCUCACCAUUGGUGGCGGUGGUCAAAUUGAUGGCAGUGGGUCCAACUGGUGGGCCAAAUCAUGCAAACGCAAUAAGAAGCCGGGAUGCACAACUAAAGCCCCGAUGAUUCUGAACAUCCUAUCAAGCACCAAUGUUGUUUUGAAAGAUUUGAAGUUUAUGAACAGCCCAAAUUUUCAUAUUCACAUAUGGAAUACUUCAAACGUUAGAGUUACAAACCUUACAAUCAAGGCGCCUGGACGUAGCCCCAACACCGAUGGCAUUCACGUCCAAUCGUCCCACCAUGUUUUGAUAGACUCUCUUACCAUUGGGACCGGUGAUGAUUGCGUUUCCAUUGGGGACCAAACUUCAGACAUUACUGUCCAUCAUGUUUUCUGUGGGCCCGGUCAUGGAAUAAGCGUGGGGAGCUUAGGAAAGAAUGCAACUAAUGCAUCGGUAGAGAACAUUCAUGUUAGCUAUUCCAAUUUCUUCAAUACUACGAAUGGAGCAAGGAUCAAAACAUGGCAGGGUGGUGGGGGCUAUGCAAGGAAUAUCACAUUUGAGAAGCUCAAGUUCACAAAAGUGAAGAAUCCUAUCAUCAUCAAUCAAUAUUACUGUGAUAGGGUCCAACCGUGCAAAAAUCUGACGGCCGGUGUCAAAAUAAGUGACGUGAGAUUCAUGGACUUGUUUGGGACUUCGAUCAGCAACGUCUCCAUUAACCUCAGUUGCAGCGAGACCGUGGCUUGCACUGGAAUCAUCUUAGACAACGUCAAUCUCACACCAGCCAUCCUAGGAAAUCCAUCCACUGCUUACUGUCUUGAUACCAAUGGAAGUGCCAUUGGUAUGGUUGAACCACAUGUUCCAUGUCUAACCUCUCUCAAGGCAUGAUUUGUAGCAAUCCUCCAUCUGCAUUUAUAUGUUUUUGGAAUGGUUAAAUUCAGGGGUCGUCUGCAUUGAGGUAUUUGAGUAACACGUAUAUUUCAAUUACUAGGUAU